AUGCCAGCCGAAAUUCUUAAACAAGGAGCCGAAGGACGUCUAUACUUGGGUGAAUUCAAAGGAGAACGAUGUCUUAUAAAGGAACGUUUCGUUAAGAAGUAUCGUCAUCAUGAACUUGAUACCCAGAUCACCAGGCAACGCAUGAAAGCUGAAACCAAGGCGGCAACAAGAUGCCAAACAGCGGGAAUUCUAGCACCUCGAAUCCUUCAUAUGGAUUUGGGAGAACGUAAACUGUACAUGGAGUACUUUGACAAAGCAAUCACAGCUAAGCAAUAUAUACAUAAUGUCGUGAAAAAGGAUGUCAAUGUUGAGGAAAUCUUAAAAACUUUGUGUUCAUCGAUUGGUAGCAUUAUUGGUAAAAUGCACGCCAAUAAUAUUAUUCAUGGUGAUUUGACAACCUCAAAUAUUCUCAUCAAUCCUAAGGAUGGUUCGGACAACUUUGAUUCAUAUGAUAUUGUGUUCAUAGAUUUUGGCCUUAGCCAUUAUAAUCAAGGUACAGAGGACAAAGGUGUCGAUUUGUAUGUACUGGAAAGGGCACUGCUUAGUACACACAGCGAACAGCCCUAUCUAUUUGAACAGAUACUUCAGGCCUACCGAAAAGAAUGUGGAAAAGAUGAACAGUCUGUUGUUGCCAAAUUUGAAGAAGUUCGUGCCAGAGGUCGUAAGCGGACAAUGAUUGGCUAAGAUUUA